AUGAAGUAUGAAUGUUGGCUAUGUAAAGGAAGGACAACAACCAACCAAAAACGACAUACCAUGAACCAACGCCAUCAAAAUCUAGUCCAAAUGAACAAAGACCAAGUCGCUCAAAGGGCUUCUCAGAGGGCCGCGGUUGAGGCUUCGACCAACGAGACGUUGAUUAUGGACGGUGUUAGCAAUCUUCUUGAACCUGUGAUUGGUAUGAAUGAAGGCCAGCCUGAUCAAGUCCAUGCGGAUGAAAGCGAACUAGAUGAAGAAUCGGAAGAGAUUCCACCAGGUACAUUUGUGGAGGAGGAAUCGGAUGACAAGGAGGCUGAGCUUAGCUGGAUGGACUUUGUGGGCGUAGCAAUUGGUCAGAUCGAUUCGGAACCCGAGGAUCUUGAUCUACCGUCAUCAAGUUUUGUCGCGAAGAAGAAAAAAUCAAGAAGAUCCGACCCGACAACUCCACCUGGUACCCAUUUUUAA